GAGGAUGUUCAAACCCCUUCAACUUCCAACAACAAAAAGGCUACCAUCGACAGAUGGUUUGAAUGUGAAUGAACUUGAAGAUGUUAUAACAAUACAAACAGGUCCGGGAUACACGAAACUUCGAUGUGAGCCGAGCACCACAAUCAAGGUCGGUUUGGCUAUGUUUACCUUAAGGCUUGAGAUUGAUACAGGAUAUGAUCGCAAUACUAAUGAGGACAGUUUCACAGUCCAACAGCACCAAACACUAUGGAUUGGAAUUAACUGAAAAGACACCUAGCGAUGGAUCUUUCCGCCAUAUACUCUGUCCGUCCUUAACGUGGACAGAGAUAAAAUCUAAAUAUAACCCAAAAUGUCUCAGUCUAACCAUCUGUUAUUAUCCGACUAACUUUGAGGAAGUCGCACAAAGUGAUCCGGUAACGCUCGCGUAUCUCCAUCAGCAAGUGAGGGAUUGGUACUUGUUGCGAUUUCGUGAUAUUGAAAAUGUGGACUUGGCGUUUGAGAUCGGAUGCUUUGAAAUCUGUAUGGUAACACAGAACUCUACUUUGUCUGCAAAAGACCGACUGGAGUUAUUUGAACGGGCUCGACCGUUGCAAACACUUUUUCCACCUUGUGUGCUUCAACAUUACAAAUGCAAGGCGUUGAGACGUGCAAUACAAAAUUACCUAAGCCAGAUAUAUGCAAUGUCACAAGAAGAUUGGACAUUGGAGUUACUGAACAGAUAUCUGAUCCUGCUGCAGUUUGAUCGGGAGAUGAUUCCAUGCCGCUUUGGGGUGAGUUUUCCACUUUCAUGA